GAACGCCCAUCGCCUGAUCUUCAGACGACAGUAUUCCGAUUUUAGGUAUCAUUAUUUGCAUGGCCCAAGAAUACCCUUGACAAGCUAUCUUUCAUGCCGAGAGCUUCGACAAAGUCAGCUUCCAGUUCUACUUCUACCCAAGCAGCUCCAGCUUGGCUUUUUAGCAACAACUCUACCAGCUCCUCCACCAAACAACCCACAGCGGGCACAUCAACCAUGGCGAAGAAGGACAAGAAGAGUUCUAAACCGACGACCGUACCCGUAGCGAAGGCUACCAUCGCCACGACCUCCACCGACGAUGUCCCUCCAGCCCAAUUGAUGGACCUCGUCGAGACUUUCCUGUCUGACCAGGGUUUCGACAACGCCCAUCGCGAAUUUCAGAAGCACCGGGCCAAGAAGGGCUGGAAGGGCAAUGACGACGCCGCUGGAAAGAAGAAGCAGAAGAAGGCGCACCACUCUCUUGUCAGCGUGUUCCAGACUUGGGAAACAUUCUCCACCAAGGAUAGCACUCCCGUCGUCAAGGAGAAGGUGCAAGUCACCACAGUCAGCAGCAGCAGUGAGAGCGACUCCUCGAGCGAUUCAAGCGACUCGAGCUCCGACAGCGACGGCGAUUCCGAAGACGUCGAUAUGGCAGAUGCACCUGCUGCCGAUGAUAGCAGCUCCGAGUCCUCAUCCAGCUCGAGCGACAGCGACAGCGACAGCGACAGCGACAGCGACAGCGACAGCGACAGCGAUAGCGACGAGGAGGAGGAGGAGGAGGAGGAGGAGACAACACUCGCCCCUAAGGCCUCUGCGCCCGCAGCCAUAAAUCCAUUGAAGCGAAAGGCAGAAUCCAGUGACAACUCCUCUUCCUCUUCCUCUUCCGACGAAGAUAUGUCAGACUCCAGCUCCGAUUCAAGCUCUGAAGACGAGAAGCCCAAAACUAAGAAGGCUAAGACUGUAGCCGCGGCUGCCAGCGAAAGCGAUUCUUCUUCCGAUUCCGACUCAUCUUGUUCUGAAGGCGAAGGCGCCACCAAGAAAACCAAGGCCCCGAAGGUCGCCGUUGCUACCUCGAGUUCCGAUUCCGAUUCCGAUUCUUCAUCGUCCUCUUCGUCCAAUUCCGACUCUGACUCGGAUUCUGAGGCAGAGGAAGCUGCUAAAGUGGCCUUGCCUGAUUCUGACUCAAGCUCCGACUCUUCGAGCAGUGAAUCUGAUUCCGAGUCAGAAGACGGGAAACCUAAGAAGUCCAAGGUUAAGAAGAUCAAGGGGUUGAACGGCACAGGUUCUGACACCUCGGCCACCCUCGAGAAGACUUCGCCUGAAUUCCAGCCAGUCGCCAAGUUCGUUGCCCCGCCCCUUCCGCCCGACCCGACUUCGGACCAGAAGAAGAACAACCGCGGGGGCAAGAAUGGCAGACCACAGAAUGUUCCUUUCUCGCGCAUCAAGGCAGAUGUGAACGUCGACCCGAGGCUGUCUUCCAACGCCUUCAUCGAGCACGGGUACGGACAGAGGGCUCACGAGGAUCUUAUUGUCACAAAAGGAAAAGGCUUCACCAAGGAGAAGAACAAGAAGAAGCGCGGAGCCUACAAGGGAGGUCCUCUUGAUGUCCACAUGAGCCGAAGCGUCAAGUUCGAGGACUAGAAGUAAAAGUAGAAUGCCUCUUUGGCUAAGCCACCCGAGGAGACUUGAAUUCGCAUACGGCAUUCCCCGGAGACCAAGGAGGCACCGGGAAGAUGCGUACGAAAAAAAAUACAGUUCACUGGCUUUGUGAAGAGUAACUUGGCGUCGCUGCGCGUUGUUUCUGAGUAAACAUCGCACUGCUUUAUCGACCUAUACUGAGAGGCGUUCAGGGACACGAGUAUUUCUUGAUACCAAACCAAAAGCAUGGG